UCGAAGGAAGGGCUCCUCGAAGGAAGGGCUCCCCGAAGGAAGGGCUCCCCGAAGGAAGGGCUCCUCGAAGGAAGGGCUCCUGUAUCCAAUGGACGAGGCUUUGGCCACUUUCUCCAUCAUGAGGAAGAUUCUCGGUGACUCGCUCUGAGCUCCGCCAACAUUUCCAUUGGGUAGAGAGCCUUCCAAUCACAAGAUGUUGACCUCCAGAAAAGCCCUCGUUAGUAACCUGAACUACGUCCACCUGCAGCACGUGUCCCUUGGGGUUCACCUAAACAUGCGGUCUGAGGAGAUGGAAGAGCCAAGUCUGAAAGAUCUUCCCGCCCAUCAUCACCAAUAUAAAGACUCUUCGGAGACGGCACUGGUGGAUGCCAAUUCCAACGACCCAUCUGUGCCGUGCCAGUGCUGUACCCAGCAUUCCAGCCAUGCGGAGACCAUGGAGUACGGCUCCAACGAGAACCUGGAGGCGAUCAUGUGUGAGGAUUAUCUGUCUCCAGACGAUCUUCCUCUCAGCCCCCUAUCUCCAUCGUCUCCCUCCACAGACAGCAGCAGCUCUUCAGAUUUCACAUUGGACGAUUCUCCGGUGUCCAUGUACUACAAGGAAUAUACUCAGGACGACCUGGAGACACCAGACCAAGAGCCAGACAUUAUUCCCCUGGAUGUGGAGAGAGGGGGAUCGCCUCCAUCUUCCCCGGAUGACUCGAUCGAUUCUUCACAACCAAUCACUGAGCGAAGGGUUGACGUGCCUGAGAACGCCAUCAACAACAACAACAUGCUUCCCGAAGAUGUCCCGUUCAUCGAUUGGAGCUCAGACUCCACCGAUAGUAAUUCCUUUCUAGAUGCUGAGCAGCUCGAUCCGCCAUCUUUGUCUUCCACCUCCAUAGACGUUGUGGAUACAAAACACCAACUAGAUGAAAAAGAGGAUGUUGCCAAUGCCAACCAAAGCGAUGUUCACCGAUGGCCUUUGGAUGGAGAUCUUCUCCCGAGCCUCUCUGUGCCAGACGAGCCUUCAACCGACACCCCCAAAAAGACUAUCACCUCGUUCCACGAACUGGCCCAAAGGAGGAGGAAGAGCGGGUGCCCUCCACAGCCAAAGAAGGAUAAAAGUGAUUGGCUGAUCGUUUUUUCUCCCGACGUUGAGCAGCCGCCUGUCAAUGAACUCACAGCCUCGGCUUUCUACCAUGGGCUGGUGAUGCCACAAGCUCAGCCAUUGCCGGAAGGAAAAGAGGUCACCACCUUCCGGGAACUGAGAUAUCGCAAUUCCGUCAACAAGCAAAUCGGUCAACAUGUAAAAGCCCCCAUCACCGUGGUCAAGGGGCCCCAGGACUCUGCUGCGGAUGCCCAUCCAAUGACGGAGGUACCAAACAGUUCCUAUGAUUUCACCAAUAAAGAGAACCACCAAGACUGCACAAGAGAGAGCGAUAAGAGGGAGCGAGGGCCACAGGAGGGCCACAAUGGACCAACCAGAGGAGCUCAGAAAGCCAAUAUGAAGCUACCAGAGCUGGACACACCAGAAGCCCCACAUAGACUAUGGGCACGAAACGAUCACCAAGCCGGUACACUGGUAGACUCGCUGUCCGCCAUGACAGUGAGGAUGGGGAAGCACUGCUCACCUGUAUCAUUCAACAGCAUCUACAGCAGCAGGAAGGAGGAAGUCCCCAUGGCGGGGGCACAGCGACGAGGAAUGGCAGAUGGUGGUGACCGCAGAGGUCUUGAAGUGUUUGGUGGUCCGCCACCUUCUAGGCUCCUCCUCCGGCUCUCUACUAAUCUGACUUCACCCCCUGCUCUAUUACCACAUGGCUCCGCCCUGGAGGUUCCCCGUUGCUUUGCCCUGCCCCUGCAGACCUGGUAUUCCCGACUUCCUAUCCGCCUGUCCCCUGUAGGGGCCUCUUCUCCCCCCCAGCGAGCAAUGCUCCCCCUACUGGACACCCCAGAUAUGGCCAUCCUGCUGUCCCCGCUCUUCCCUAGGAUCAGGAGCCGAGAGACGAGGCCACCGAGGGCCCCCACCGCCGACUCGCCAGACACAGGUCAGCAGCCGCUGAUGGCGGAUGGGGGCGGAGACUUCCUUCAGCGUGACAAGAAAAAUCUCCUCAUCGCCAUUGGCUCAUCAGUGGACAGAAUUAUCUCCCAUUUCAAUGGCAGCCGAAACCAAGUGCAGAAGACACAACUGGGUGACAGUCGUCUGAGUCCGAAGCUCGGCUACCUCAUUGUGAACCACCUGUGCCCCUCCCUCUUCUCCCUGAUUGGUGACGGACUGAAGCCCUUCCAGAAGGAUGUCAUCAUUGGCCAGAGGAGGCUGAGUCCUUGGAACCUGGUGGAGGCCUCGGCAAAGUCCGGUCCCAAGUCUUUUCACAUCCUCUUCUACAACGUCAGUCGAUUUCAGCAGCUCCGAGACCCGCAGAGGAGAUUCAACGCUUUCAUCUUCGGCCUUCUGAACACCAAACAGCUGGACCUCUGGAUCUCCCACCUCCAUCAGAUCUACGAUCAGCUGUCGGUCUUCUUCCUCCCUUCGGGAUUCCUUCCACUGGCUGCCACUUCCUGUCCGGAACUUCGGGAGGAGUUGCUGCUGAUCUUACAGCCGCUGUCCGCUCUGACCUUCCACACCGACCUUCUCUUUGAGCAUCAUCACCUCCCACUGCAAGACCCUCCUACCCCUCACAGUCCUGCCAAUCAGACGCUGGCUGACAGCUGGGGCGUCCCACCCUUUCAGCAUAUCCUGGACUUGGGCGGCUGGCUGGCACAGAACCUCACCGGAAAUGCGGACCGAGAAAAGCCAAAGGAAAGCCAAUCCCAGUCUUCAUCUCAAGGCCUUUGCAGUGGUGGCCCUCAGCCCAACAAGGCCGUAGUCUCCAGAGACUCCGAUCACCCGCUAUGUGGCUCCACCCCGGGGGCAGGAACCCAACAAGGUCCGACCUCCAGGACCAGAGACUCCGAUCACCCGCCAUGUGGCUCCACCCCGGGGGCAGGAAUCCAACAAGGUCCGACCUCCAGGACCAGAGACUCCGCACAAGACUCCGAUCGCCCGCCAUGUGGCUCCACCCCGGGGGCAGGAAUCCAACAAGGUCCGACCUCCAGGACCAGAGACUCCGAUCACCCGCCAUGUGGCUCCACCCCGGGGGCAGGAACCCAACAAGGUCCGACCUCCAGGACCAGAGACUCCGCACAAGACUCCGAUCGCCCGCCAUGUGGCUCCACCCCGGGGGCAGGAACCCAACAAGGUCCGACCUUCAGGACCAGAGACUCUGCACAAGACUCCGAUCACCCGCCAUGUGGCUCCACCCCGGGGGCAGGAACCCAACAAGGUCCGACCUCCAGGACCAGAGACUCCGAUCACCCGCCAAGUGGCUCCACCCCGGGGGCAGGAACCCAACAAGGUCCGACCUUCAGGACCAGAGACUCCGCACAAGACUCCGAUCACCCGCCAAGUGGCUCCACCCCGGGGGCAGGAACCCAACAAGGUCCGACCUCCAGGACCAGAGACUCCGCACAAGACUCCGAUCACCCGCCAUGUGGCUCCACCCCGGGGGCAGGAACCCAACAAGGUCCGACCUCCAGGACCAGAGACUCCGAUCACCCGCCAUGUGGCUCCACCCCGGGGGCAGGAACCCAACAAGGUCCAACCUCCAGGACCAGAGGCUCCGCACAAGGCUACGAUCACCCGCCAUGUGGCUCCACCCCGGGGGCAGGAACCCAACAAGGUCCGACCUCCAGGACCAGAGACUCCGGCACUACCUGGUGGGGGCAGCUAAGCCAGGCUACCCGCCUCUAUAUUCCCUCAAAUAAAGAUUCCUUUGCCUUCAGAAAACUGGGGGGGACGUCUGACAAAGAGCAGAGCCAGGCCGAGCAAUUAUCCUCCAGAGAACAAAGACUUCCCGAGGAACCACAUUGUGAGGGGGCGGACUCUCAGAAGACAGUGCUAAGACUGCCCAAUCAGAGCUUCACAAAUCCUAUCACAGCCGGGAUUUACGGAGAAGAAGAUUCGGCACCAAGACAAGGAGGAGGGGCUCGGUGCAGACAGCCGGUCCGUGUGAAUGGGGGUCCCACAACUACGAGUCACGCCCCGGAGGAGAAGAGCAGCUGGUUUGGUCAGCUGUUUGGGGCGAGUUCUGCUCAUAGACCCGACAUGGAGGCAAGAACUGUAAAAUCCAGACGUCCCUCCAGCUGGUUGCCUCCAAAUGUGAAUGUUCUGAACCUCCUUCGUCUUCGGAGUCCCCCGGAGAGAGAGCGAGUUCCUGCGGAGCCGGAGGAGAGACAGCAAAGUGACUGCAAGCCGGAGAGGUCCCUCCGCGCUCUGUGCGAUCACGCCGCCUCCGGUGAAGCUCAGCUGAGCUUUAGGAAAGGAGACGUCCUGCAGUUACUCGGCACGAUGGAUGAAGACUGGAUCCGCUGCAGGCGAGGGAGCGAUACGGGUCUGGUGCCGGUGGGGUACACCUCCCUCAUCCUGUGAUUGGCUCUUCUUCCGAGUGGGGGGGGGGGGGGAGAACAUGGAACACCCCCCGAUUGUCUCUUUAUCCCGAGUCCCUUCCACAGUAUUUUGCACCUCGUAUCCCCCCCCCCACCCCUUGCCAAUGCCUCAAUAUCCUUCUAGCACUAUAGUACUCCACAUUAUAAGUGCAAGCUCUUCAGCCACACACGGCCUCUGGGAAUCCUCCUCCUGACGAUGUCUCUGGAGAACGAG